AUGUCCAACCCCAAGAAAAGAUCGGCCGAGGACGGCUCUUCUUCCCAGAAAUCGAAGAAGAAGAAGAAGGCCAAUGCCUUGGCUCACGAUGAUCUCUACGACACAGAAUUGGGCGUGAACACGCUCUUCGCCAAGAUGGACAACCAAUUGUUGGCAGACUACCUCGCUCAAAAACUCACACGUUUCGGAAGCGAUUUGAGCCCCAUUGAGAUAUCUGAUCUGACCCUACCAGAUAACCUGCCCCUGUUCAUUGAGCAAUUCACAGACAAGCCCGACAGCUUGAGCAGGCCGCAAAGGAAGAAAGGUCUUCCGCAUACCCUCAUCGUGGCAGGGGCUGGCCUGAGGGCGGCAGAUUUAACCCGUGCUGUGAAGAAGUUCCAGGGCAAGGACAAUUUGGUGGCGAAGCUCUUUGCCAAACACAUCAAGAUUGAGGAGCAGGUGAAUUUCCUGAAGAACAAGAAGACAGGUAUCGGAGUCGGCACGCCAGCGCGUCUGGCAGAUCUUAUUGAUAAUGGUGCCCUGUCUCUAGAGAACCUGCAGCGUAUUAUUGUGGACGCGUCGCACAUUGAUCAAAAGAAGCGUGGCGUCAUUGAUAUGAAGGAUACGAUGAUGCCACUUGCGCGUUUCUUAACAAAGGACCAGAUUAAGAGCAGAUAUGGUGCGGAGGAAAAGCCGGUCGAUUUACUCUUCUUUUAG